AUGAACGCCUCCAAUUUGAACUGCACCAUAUGUCCUGGGCAUCCUCGGUUUAGCGAUGUUUCGCACUUGUUGACUCAUGUUUCCUCCAAGGGCCACCUCUCCAACACUUUCAAACUUCAAGUCCGCAGCCACCAGGAUGAGAACGUUACUCAACUGUUGCAGGAAUACGAUGCUUGGUUCAAAGAGAACAACCUCGCAGCUCUUCUCUCCGAAAGAAUAACCGCCACAGACGAACGAAAGAACAAGCGGAAGUCCCAAUCGAACAAUGACGAAGUCUACUCUCAGCCGCCAGUCAAACGGUCUUGUCGCGUCAAGAAACCUAUCGCCACCACUCCGCCUCACGCUGAACUACCAGACUAUCUGGAUCCACGCCUCAUGGACCCUAUUAUCAUUCCGGUCACACCCAACACUGCCAGAGGUCGACCCAAGCGAAACUGCGUGUCCAAGAAAUCACUCGACGAGGAGAAGCUUGACCCUUUUCUAUUCGACGCAGAUGACGAAUCAAACUUUGAGCGCCAUGAAGACGCCAUGACCGAAGCCGAGAAACAGCGUUCAGAUGAAAUGUCCAGGUUGAAGGGUAUUUUGUGGCCCGGAAUGGAUAUCUUCGAUUCAGCAACGGGCCAAAUGCGACGCAGACGUAACCAGAAGAAAGACGGUACCGUUAUCAAACGCAUGGAGAUCACAUCACUUCUUGUGGAGCCCACCGAGCAGAUCUUCUCCCCCGAGGGCGACUUGCUGAAAGAGCGUUUCAUUUCCGGCGAUGUGGAUGAAAACCAGACUCCACUGAAAGGCGAGACGCCCAUCCCAAAACAGCGUCCGCCUCGCUCCAAGAAGAGAAGACCUCUUGGCCAGAAUGACCCCAACCUGCCGAUUAGAAAACGCAGCGGAAAGAAGGGAGUCGCCGGCACCUCAAAGAAUCGUGAGCCUGUUCAGGUGGUCGAAACGCCUCGCCGCCGUUCACAGCGCUCGGCAGGUAUCAGGCCAUCUUACGUCGAAGAUGAUCAGGACUUCCAGCUGUCUGUUCAAGCCUUUGCAAAGGGUGCAAAGGGACCGCGGAGCGGUUUCCAUAUCUUCGCAGACUCCGACCACGACAUCAAGGACGCUUUCCGAGGCCGCCAGCGUUCCAAGCAACAUCCGACACAGGACACUUUGACUCCAGCACGGCUCGUGUUGGACCACAGGGGAAACACCCCGAAGAACCAGAACCCCGGGCGAAAGAGUGAUGGCCGAGGAACGCAGGAGAAGGAAAACAUCGAGCCAAUUCUCAACCCACACGGAUGCAUGGAUAUUGGCGGUUGGGACUCUCCACUCAGCAAGCGAACCGGCUUGAAUCAGCCCAACUACCCACCUGAAUUCUUUUUCGUUAAGGACGAGGAGGAAGACGAUGGAAAAUGUGCAUUCCAGUGCAAUCCAUUGGUUGCUCCGACCUUCAGGACUGGGGGCAUGAGUUUCCUUGGAGACGGCUGCUAUGACGACUUCUCUGCAGCGGAUACCGGCUGGAACAUGCAUCGAGCGCAAUCAUCGGAAGCGACCAUUUCAGAGGAAGAUCACCAGGAAUUUGCCCGGCUGUAUCUGGCUGGCGGCACAGAGUAG